UUUUUUUGCUCCCUUGUUCUGAUUCCAGCGGGUCGUCUGUCUCACUCUGUGAUUCUGUUCGAAUCGUUGUUUUUUGCCACGUCGGCCGCCGUAGCGCUGAAAGACUACACAUCCCAUCUCAAACAGAGGGAAUGUAGGGUUGUAAUAUUAACAUUUGUAUGCAUAAAAUAAGCAGAAUUGGAGAUACAGAGUACACUGAAUACAACGAACACCCGGAAUGAAGCUAAAAGAAAUUCAAAGGACAGCCAAUCAGGCAUGGAGCCCUGCAUCCCGGCAUCCUACCUACUUAGCAACAGGUACAUCUGCCCAACAGCUAGAUGCAUCUUUUAGUACAAGUGCAGCCCUGGAGAUUUUUGAACUGGAUUUCUCAGAUCCUUCACUAGACAUGAAGUUAAGAGGUUCCCUUUCAACCACAAACAGGUUUCACAGCCUGAUCUGGGUGAAUUUUGGAGCAGUCACAGCAGGAUCCUCAGGGGUGCUUGUGGGUGGGGGUGACAAUGGUGCUGUCACUCUCUACAACCCAAUAAAGAUACUGGCUUCAGAAAAAGAGGCCAUCGUAGGACAAUGUGAGAAACAUACAGGCCCUGUCCGGACCCUUGACUUCAACCCCUUUAAGAGUAACCUUUUGGCCUCAGGAGCCAAUGAUUCAGAGAUAUAUAUCUGGGAUCUGAAUAACUUUAGUAAUCCAAUGACACCAGGGGCAAAGUCACAACCUCUUGAAGACGUCAGUGUUGUUGCCUGGAAUAGGCAAGUGCAGCACAUCCUUGCUUCAGCUCACCCCAGUGGUAAGGCAGUUGUGUGGGACCUGAGAAAAAAUGAACCCAUCAUUAAAAUCAGUGAUCACAGCAACAGAAUGCAUUGCUCUGGGAUGUUGUGGCACCCUGAAGUGGCCACUCAGCUGGUGUUGGCAUCAGAAGAUGAUCGUCUGCCAGUAAUCCAGAUAUGGGACCUGCGGUUUGCCUCUUCCCCUUUAAAAAUUCUAGAGAACCACACAAGAGGUAUUCUGUCUAUUUCCUGGAGCCAGGCUGACCCAGAGCUGCUGCUCAGUAGUGCUAAAGACAACAGGAUUUUGUGCUGGAACCCAGGAACGGGAGAGGUGAUUUACGAGUUGCCAACAAGCAGCCAGUGGUGUUUCGAUGUCCAGUGGUGUCCCAGGAAUCCCGCCAUUCUCUCUGCUGCCUCAUUUGAUGGUCGGAUAAGCAUUUACUCAGUAAUGGGAGGAAGCCUAGAUGCUCAAGGACAAGGCCAUGUUGAUAAAAUCUCUUCCUCGUUUGAUGCCAUGGACCCUUUUGGAACUGGGCAGUCCCUCCCUCCUCUGCAGGUUCCUCACAAGGUGGCCCAGACGAAAGUCAUUCUUCCUCUUAAAAAGCCUCCUAAAUGGAUCAGGAGGCCUGUGGGGGCAUCAUUUGCAUUUGGAGGGAAGCUGAUAACCUUUGAAAAUCCCAAACCUGCACAACAGCAAGUACCACAGCCCAUUCCACGUCACGUGUUCAUCAGCCAGGUUACCACAGAAACCGAGUUCCUCCAGCGCUCCAGCGAGCUGCAGUCAGCACUGCACACUGGAAGUUUCUCCAGCUACUGCCAAGCCAAGAUUCAGAAGGCAGCAACAGACUCUGAAAAGAACAUCUGGAGCUUCUUAAAGGUUAACUUUGAAGAUGAUGCUCGCAGCAAAUUCUUAAGACUUCUGGGAUACAGUAAAGAAGAACUGGAGAAAAAGAUUGCCUCUUGCUUAGGAAAAAGUCUACAUCCUAACAGUCAUGGGGUUGAUGCUAAUGCUCUUGCAGAAAAAAUGCAAAUUUUGUCUGCUCAGAGAUCGGAUGAAUCCAGUGCCACAGGGGAUACUUCAUCAUCCCCCACAUCCUCAACACAGUCUGACUUUUUCAGCAAUCUUCCCAAUGACAAGCCCAAAUUUCAGAUUUCUACAACCACAAAUACCGAUGGUCUGAUCAGCCAAGCACUCCUAGUAGGUAACUUUGAAGGGGCUGUCGAUCUCUGUCUUAACGAUGCCCGCUUUGCUGAUGCUAUUAUCCUGGCUAUUAGUGGUGGAGAGGAGCUGUUGAAGAAAACCCAGCAGAGAUAUCUAGCAAAGCAGAAAACCAGCAUUUCAAUGCUUGUGUCCUCCAUAGUUAACCGAAACUGGACAGAUAUUGUACAGUCAUGUGACUUAGAAAACUGGAAGGAAGCCUUAGCUGCCCUCCUGACUUAUGCACGUCCUGAGGAAUUCUUGAAGCUGUGUGAUAUUCUGGGGUCUCGUCUGGAGCGUGAAGGAGAAGAGAGGAUGUGUCUUCGGGCCUGUCUGUGUUACAUCUGCUCCGGGAACGUUGAGAAACUGGUUGAAUGCUGGGUACUGAAAAAUGAAACCUCAUCACCUUUGGCUCUAGAAGAUCUGGUAGAGAAGGUGAUGGUUUUACGCAAAUCGAUUGAACAGCUUCGUGGUGGCGAUGUGGCAACUCGGAGCACUGUCCUGGCAGAGAAACUGACUCAGUAUGCCAACCUGUUAGCAGCUCAGGGGAGUCUUGCUGCAGCCAUGAGCUAUCUGCCUGCAAGCAGCAGUCAGUUGAGGGACAGGCUGUUUCAUGCUCAGGGAGAGGCUGUUGCAGGUCAGCAACCUCCUCCCUUCCCUUACAACAGAGUCCAGGUGGGGAGAGGUGCCCGUCCUGCCUCUACUGCAGUUCCAACCCACCAGCCGGGCCACAGAACCCAGCAGCAGAUGCAACCUUCAGGGCUGCCUCCAGUUUUCACUCCACAGCCAACGACAGACUCCAUGCCUCGCUCUGGUAUGCCAGCCAUUUCCCAUGGACCUCCAGCAGGCAUAUUCUCCAGACCACCAUACCCUCAACAUCCUGCCACUGCUUCAGCAUUCCCUCAACCUCAACCUUUCAGUCAGCCAGGAGGGCCUCCAAGUGGACAAGCAGCUUUUCCUACCCAUCCUCCCUUCCUGGCUUCCAGUCUAUCGGGACCUGAGCCGCUUGCAGCACAGCCCAGUGGCCUACCGUCAAUGCCUGGCCCCACAAUGUCAGGGCCUACCUUUAGGCCUGCCUCUGUUCCCUCUUACCAGCCCUCUGGUCCUCUCCCGCCAUCUUCCCAGGCUGCUGGUCUUCAACCAAUGUUCCCAGGCGGUGCUCGCACUCCGACCUCCAUGCCAGCCUCACAGCCUCCCACCACCUACCCACUGGGACCAGGGUACCCCCAGGGUGGCCCAGGAGCUCCUGCCGCCAAGACCUUCGCUGCUGCUUCUUUUCCUCCCCCUCCCACAGGAUACUUUCCUUGGCUGGAAAAUCGUUGUGGUGAUGAUGAAGGCUCUCAAGAAGGAUGGAAUGAUCCUCCCAACGUGCGAGGAGGGACGAGGAAGAAAAAGCUUCAUGAGAGCUACACCCCACCAGCCCCCAUCACAGCACCUGUCAUGAACCUCUCUAUGGAACACAAAGCACUCCAACCUCAGGCCUCUCUACCUCAGGAAACUAUUCAGGCGCCACCAGGUGCACCUAUAGAAGCCAAUAUCCAGACUCUUCAUCAACUACCAGCAGAGAAGAUUGCAAAGAAGGAGAUUCCACAAGAGCAUCUGGUGUUGAAGACGACCUUUGAUGGACUGGUGCAGCGCUGCCUCCUAGCUGCUGGUGACCCGCAAACGAAGAGAAAGCUUGAUGAUGCUUCCAAGCGGCUGGAAUACCUCUACGACAAGCUGAGAGAGCAAGCGCUUACUCCUAACAUCCUCGGGGGACUGCACGAGAUUGGACGCUGCAUUGAAGGUCGAAACUACCAACAAGCACUUGCAGUCCACACUCAAAUUGUUAGCAGCAGCAAUUUCAGUGACAUUUCUGCAUUCAUGCCCAUCGUUAAAGUGGUAAUAACAAUUGCUAAUAAGCUCAGUAUCUGAGAAUAAGGAGGCAAAAUAAAACAAUGCAAACAGCUGUGACGUCCUUGCAGUAUUUCAGUGUUUACAAAGCUAUAUAUAUUUGACGGUUGUAUAUGGUUACUUAAAAUUUGUGCUGUUGAAGUUAUUAUAGAAAUGAAUGUAAACUACUGUAAUUACAGCAAACAUUCAGUUUGUAUUGUAAAAUAAGUGUCGGCUUCUAACUGGAGCACCCUUUACACACUAAAUAAAUACUACUCAAAACGGGUUACAUACUAUUUUAUGUCUGUUUAUGUUUAGAAAGUACUCUAGAGAAUUUCUAAACCUGUAGCAAACAGUUGUAAGGUGUAUGGUUUUAAAUGAUGCACACAACAUUUAAAUAAAUGGCUAAUUAGGAGGCAUUGGUUGGGAUAUAUUAUACUUGGGGCUUCUGAUUUUCGGUUUUACAAAAAAAUGUAAUCGGUGGAUAGUCGAUAAACAACGGAAAACACCGGAAAAACUGUGGAAAUGGUUAAUCUAUUCACGUUUACUUUACCCUUUUCCCAUAAAAAAAAUAAAAUAAAACCUACUACAAAAAUAAUAAUAAAUACAUUUCACAGUGCUGCUGGGCAAUGUCCCGCCUUCCUGACUUGUAUCUAUCAUUGAUUCGUUCUGAAUACUUUAAACCCGCCCCAACUACUGAGUGUCAGCACAUUCCUACAUUUCUAUUGGAGACUCCGCUUGCAAGAUUUAAAAUGAGAUUACAAUCAGGAUGGAGGCUUGUUAGCGGAAUUUAAAGCUGUAUUACAGUUAAGAUACGGAGGAUUUAAAACAGAAUUGUGGCGAAAUGUACAAAAAUGCCUACACACAAAAACCCCAGAAGAAUGAUCCCGUGACCAUAGGGAUUUCGUUGUGGAAGACAGCAAAGGAAAGAAGGUACAACUUAAGUAUGCAAGUAAUGUCGAAAUUACUAUACAUAUUUUGACACAAAAAAAAUGCUGAAGCAUUUUGGAAAGUAACCGAUAACACUAAUUUCAUACAGUAUAUAAAAAACGAAGGCCCCGAAAAAAAAAUUCUGAUUUAUAUAAAACUUGAAAAUAGCUAAAAAUAAGCACCGAAAUAUACAAUUAAUAAAACCCGAAAAACAGAAUCACUAAUUAUGCUACACUUACAUUCAAGCAUCUUAUGACUUGGAGUGCAAAUUUUACUGUUUUCUUUGCUGUGACAAUACUAAUUGAAUGCUGUAGCCAGCUCUUGGUAACAGUGUGCAAGUCAGAUUUGUCUAUGGAAAGGAAACCUUUAUUUAUUUCCUUAUUUAUUUUAAACUGCAUUCCUUUUCGACAUUAAACUGUGCCUUGUUUGCUUCAGUUUGUUGUAUGAAUGUGCUGUUAAUAAAAUUAAAAACAUAGCAGUCCAACUGAAACCUCAGCAUCAGAGUGCUGAACACAAUUGUUCUUUCAGUACGUUUCAGUCUUUCUUCAGUAGCCACUAUAGAUAACAGCAAGGGUUAUUAUUCAGAAUAUCACUUAACAAUGAACGUCACUCAAACAGCUAAAUAUUGUCGUGAGGGUUUAUCUACAUCAGUGUGUAAUACUGCUUUUUGGAAGUCCCAACUGGUGUUUUUUUUUUUUUUUUGCUUCCUGCAUAACUUUUUUUCUAUUUUUCUGUUGUUCUCUGCUGUCACAAUCUAUUAAAAAUAUUGGGUAAGUGGAAAAUGCUGCGUACAAUGAGGAGAGUAAUAUUAGUGAAGCUAAUUGCUACAGCAGCACAUUUAUAUUUGCUCAUUGCACCAAAACUAGGACGACUUAGCAGAGUCCUGUGUCAUACAUAAAGGUAAACAUUAUUAUCUGCAUAAUCAACAUGAUGUAGGCAUCUUUUAUAACAAACAUCAAACACAAUCUUUGCUUGGAUGCUGUCAAUAAAAUCUUAAUUUUA